AUGGUAGUUACAUGGGGAGAACCAUUAGAAACUUCUGGUUCAACAACUCUCGAUAUUUCAUGGGUUGAUUGUGUUCAAAAGUGCUGGAAUGACGAACAAUGUGUGCUCGUACAUGACACGUUUCCAACAUGCGAGUACUACAGUAUCCAACAAGUGACAACUGUUCAAAAGCUACCAGAAACAAGUGAUAGUCGAGUUGCAUUUCGAGUACUAUACUCUAAUGAAGCAACAUGCACAGAUGCCGAGAAUGAACCGGCUUUAAAUAGCGGAACUGUUAUAGGAAGUACAGUAGACGAUGGAGCAUACAAUAUCACAUUAGAAAAUGAUGUUUGGACAUUCCAAAGAGAAUUGAAAUGUCUGUUUCCGUCGAAAGCUUUUCAGCGAGAAAAUAUAAAAGUGUGCAUGACGAUUGUUCAAACACCCACAUGCAUCACGAGAACAGAAGCAGAAGAAAGCUGUUCAAGUUUCGGAAUUCCUGGAACACUAAUGGGUAUUUACAGUUCAGACGAAACACUUUAUCUCAAAAAUAUGUCAUCCACUAUGUUAAAUGAACAAAAGACAUCAAUUACCUAUGAAAGAGUUGGUAUUUGGAUUGAUGGCUUGAGAAAGUCAACGUGUAAAUCACCAGCACCGAAUUGCAAUGGAUAUAAUGAAUUUGACUUCUUCGACCCGUCGGCUUCUAAUCCAUCGUUGUCAUGGCGAUCCGGACAACCAGAUGGAUUGACAACUGGAGCUCCGAACUCUGAUUGUCUCUUCAUGAGAUUUGGAGAAGGUGACGAGUUCGGUGUUGGAGAUAUGCCAUGCACAGAACCGACAUUCCCUUCAUUGAAUAUGUGUUAUUCUGGCUAUCUCUGUGGAAGUUUCCCUUCAUGA